AAUUAUAUGUGUGUGCGUGUGUGCAUCAGUUUUACAGUUGUUGACAUACAGCAUUAUAUUUUUUCAUUUAAACGAAUACUAGGGUAAAAUUACAGACUGACAUUAAAAACACGGGUGCUUAAAUGUACAGUGUAAAAAAUAAAAAAAUUGUUGUGUAAUAUUUCCAUCAUUUUAUGUUACAUUUUUUGACAACAUGCCAAUGAAUCGAAGUGUGAACAGUACGCGGCAAAUUAAACAGUUUGUCUUCCUGAACCUCAGUAACACACUUGUUGAACCAGGAAGUUGCAUGUCUUGCUAAAGUCAGCGUAUGCAAACUUAGCCACUGAAAGCGAUUGAACUCAUUUCUGUAAUUAAAGCUAAAGAGGUGAAAAACACAGCAUGUUUAGUUUGUAGAUGUCCUGAGUAAUUUCACAUUUAUUCCAAACUGGAAAAUCCCAGACUAAAUAGUGAAUCAUACACAGCUGGUUCCUCAAAACCCACAGCUGUCUCUUUAAUUCUGUUACUGUGUAGACAUUUCUUACCACAGACAACUUGUUGGUAUAACUUUAUUCUGUUGUGUUCCACAUUUUUGCCAUAUUUUGUUCGACAUUUUGCCUAAAAUGCCAUGGCGCCAUCUCUAUCUGCCAUCUCUAUCUCUGUGUCUCAAGAUAGUAAAUCAUCCACCUGCCAGUCUAACAGGAAACAUUGCACACUUUUCUUACACUUCCUUCCAUUUUAUAUAGAAAAUACUCAGAAUUACAAAAUGGUACUGUACUUUCCGUAUCACAUCAGACAUGACCUUACACAUACAAAGACUUGUUUUAAAGCCCUGGGUGUAACGCAGCAGUAUUUAUAAGAAGUAUCUUUGGUGAGGAGGAAACACACAGAAAUGCAGUUCUAUUUGCAGAGGAAGGAAAGAUAAAUAGAGAUGAAUGUGACUGCAUACAGAUGAGAUGAACAUUAUAUGCAGAGGGGUCAAAAGGUCUGAGACCACGCACGGUAUAGCUUUUAAAAACAGCAGCAUGUGGGUGGACAUGCAACUGAAGAGUCAAGAGAGCAAGGCAUGAUUUAAGAAGUUUGCUCAAAGUGUGGUCACUGUGUCUGCGUGUGUGUCAGGAGGAGUGGAAAAGAGAAGUGAAUGUUUCUUACAAAUACGGGUAUGAAAAAAAAUUCCUUCCCCUGUGUGACAAGGACGAGACUCAUAGCAAUAGCGUUCAGUUUUGCUGCCGCAGUCUAUCUGUCAACACAAGCUUAAUGGUUGAGGAGCCAACUAUGUAAACGAGCAAGCUUAACAUGAACAUGGAUACGUUCGGUAAACUCACUGCUCCUGCCACAGCAAAGAUUCGGCAGCUUCAAAAGAUUGUUCAAGACAUCAAAAGAAAGGAUGGCAGUUUACUGAAUAAACUGAGAAGACUAAAAAACAAACAAAUUCCAAAGGUACCUGCGCGAGAUUAUGGAGGUGAUGAGGAUAUUGACGAUCAGUUCUCGGAACCCGAUUAUGAUAAUGACAUGUAUGAAGAUCCACAUGCUGACCAGGACGACAGCUAUGAACCACCGCCCAGCCACAGACCCUUCACAACAACAUCUUCCUUCCCAACAGGGGAGUACCUUGACAGCUGCCGUAACCAGCCCAAACAUUUGCCCAGGAAGCCCUUGCGUCCGGACAAAUCCUCCAGACAAAUGCCCCCAGAACCCACCCAUAUGGGGAGCGAAGACGAAGACUACAUGAAUCCAGAUGGCAAUAAUGAUGAUAACAACUACAUAGAACCUGCAGAGGAUCUACCCACCAAUCCUUUGUUGCUCUGUAGAGGCAGAGCACGGAAGGAACUCCCCAGGUUGCCUGCAACAUUACCACGACCUCCAUCCAGUCCUGAUUUUUAUGAAGUCCCAGACAAAGAGCGAAGCUCGUUAUCGUCUCCAUCAAACAGACAGUGCACAAUCUCCUCAACGCUGUUAAAUUUGUUACCACCAAAACCCUGCCCCAGACAGAAUAUGAGGUCAGCUCCUACUGUCCAUGAACCAACACAAGACGAUGAAUAUGAAGUUUGUUAUCAAGAUGAUGAUUGUAGCAAUAAACCUGCAGAGAGUCGUCCUCCACUCGUACCAAAACCUUUGCCCAGAGAGAGGUCACCAAAGCCACCAUUAAGACCGAGGCCGGAUUUAAUGCCAAAGGGAUUUGAAAGCCAAAAGCUGCCUGUGAUACAAACUGAACACACAGCUCCUCCAAAAGCUUCUACACUAGACUUGUCAAGACCAAAAAUUCCUCUUCCACAGUUGACCUCCAUCACAACAGACAGAAGAAGUGUCUCUACUGAAAAUGGAUUGAUAGAGGAAGAUGAGAAUGCAGAUGUCUAUAAGAAACCCUGGUAUUCGAGCACGUGUAACCGCAAGACUGCUGACGAUGCUUUGCUCCGCUCAAAUAAAGAUGGAGCGUUUAUGGUGCGGAAGAGCUCUGGUCACGACACACAGCAGCCCUACACAUUAGUGGUGCUUUACAAGGGCAGGGUGUACAACAUACCCAUCAGAUACAUAGCAAACACACAGCAAUAUGCGCUGGGAAGCGAGAAGAAAGGAGAGGAGUACUUCAGCAGCAUCUCCCACAUCAUCGAGAGCCACCAGAAGACUCCAUUGGUGCUGAUCGACAGCCAGAGUAACAACAAGGAUGCCAUCAAGCUGUGCUACCCCAUAACACCGAAGCCGGGCCCACCAACAGCCAACUGAUUAGGCUGCAUCGCAACAUGCUGCGUUUACUGUCAAGACUGAACAGAACUGAUUAUGUCAUUUUUUUUCCCCCCGACGAUUGCUAAGGUGUGUGCUGUCAACAGGACUGUGUGAAGGUCAUGCGGAGUUACAAGCAGAACUGACUUUUUAACUCGUGUUUUUUUAUUAAGAUUCUUUUUUAAUGCUCUGUCGGUAAACAGUGUAUCAAAAUUAAUGCAAGGAAUGAGACAAGUGUUGCAGACGCAGAGGGAAGCAAGACAGACAAAUGAUUCGCUUAUGACAGCAGUACAUUGGAGAGCAAAUAAGCACAAGGUUGUACAUUUUGUCUCAAUAAAAAAAACUUCUUGUGUUGUAGACGCACGUCUUCAGUCAUGAGAAAAUACCACCAGGAACUGA